AUGGUGUUUUGCAAACGGUGGGUUCAAAAAUGUGUUUUGGCUUCGGGUGUAAAAUCCAAAACAAAUGAGAAUUUUUUACAUAAAACUGGUAUUGAAACAAGUUUUGAAGAAGUGGAAGAAUUAAUUGAAGCUUUGGGUAAAUGCAGCAAAUCCCCCAACGCUGUAAAUUAUCAUGAAUUAUCUCAAACCACCAACUACAAGGGUGAAAAAUUUUGUCUGGUACUAAAGAAUAGCGAACAUCAAGGGCUAAUACUUGUGCGCAUGAAACGUCGUGCAGUUGUUGACAAGUUUGAUACUGUUGACCUGGACAAUCCCGAUCCCAAACCCUUGGAAGAAGAAACACCCACAACAACCAAUAUCGAGUGGAGUGAAUGUUUUGAGAAAUUUUACAUUGGUAAAAACGACAAUUGGGCAAAGAUAAAGGGUAUACUACGCGAAUUUUGUAUUGAUCUUCACCAUAUUCUCAGCGUGGACGAGGAAUCUCCGUCAAUUUCACCACCGCAGUCCCCUGAAGCUCAACCAGCAACAUCAGCAACAACAACAACAGCAGUGUCAGAAGUUGGACGACCUGCUUAA